GAUACUUAUCAGGAAAUAAAGUUGUGAUUGCUCAAGAUAAAUACACACUUAUGAUUUAAUUGACUCAUCUACUCUAUACAUAUUAUCUGUUUAAAUGUUACGUUCAAGAACGCAAUUAUUAUAAAUAGUUGAAGCAAACAAAAAAUCCUAAAGGGGAAAUCCCAGUACAUAAUAUUCGCUAAUAACAUUCGCACAACAGCGUGUAUGUACAUAGAAAAUAUAUGUUUAUACUCAAUGCGGUACAAGAAGAAACAUAACUAAAGAUUAACAAAAAAUUCUAUCCUGCAAGUAGCGUGGAGAUGGAUGGUCUAAUAAUGAAAAAAGUUAUGGCACAUUAAAAAUAUUCUAGAAAGUAUGAGUACAACACAUUUCUAUUCUUGGAUACAGUCAGACAAAAAACUGACAGUUUAUAUUUAUGUGAGUGUAUAUGAAUACUCCGCGUUAUGUAAAACCGUAGAGUGCGUUAUGUAAAUGCUAGGUACAAUUUAUGAGACUCGUUAUAUCGAAACCGCAUUUAUAAGUAUCGCGUUAUAUAAAGAUUAUCUGUAAAAUAAACAUCAUAAGUCAUUUGCAGAAACAAAAACAGUUCGCGAAUAUAAAGUGUACCGCAUGAACAAUAUCGAAUUCUAUUGUCUAAAUCGUUCUAAAUCGACAUGUCUCGCGUUACGACGAUUAUUUUUAUAUUAGCUCUUUGCAUCUCAUCCAUCGUCUACAUAUCCGCUUGCGGAUCAAAUGCGAUUUGUACCGAUUGUGCGAGUACCUGUCCGCUAACUUGUGAAAACUAUAAUAAUCCACCUAAAAUCUGUUCUGAUAUAUGUAGAAAAGGAUGUGAAUGCAUAAACGGAUAUAUAUUUAACAGCGAAGGUGAAUGCGUUUUACCUAGUGAAUGUUAAUAUUUCGUAGAAAUGUCUAAUUCAAUUGUAUUGAAGAAAAUGUAUAUGUGUUUCACAUAAAUACAAUAAUAAAAUAUGAUUAUAGUAUA